GUUCCACUAUUGCUUCCAGCCAACCAGAGCGCGUCCUGCUCCCACAUUGCGCUGGAAGAGGGCGGUGGAUGGAAUUCUCAAGGAGGAUGUGUAUCGCUGUCAAAAUAAUAGUGGUGCUCAACGAAUAAUAUAGAUUUUCUUGUAAAUAUUUCCUGAGCUCACCUAACAAUGGACACCGUUGGCGUUAUCGUUUGGCUUUCUGUUGCUUGCAUGGCACAUUCGUCUGAUGUCAAACAUGGCGUUAUGUCGUGGGGAAAGAGUAAAAUGCAGCCUUUACUCCAGUAUAAGCAGAGGUCUCCCAUUCAGGCCGAUGUGGUCACCAUCCUGUCCCGGUCACAUGGGGACCGCAACGUCUACCCCUCUGCUGGAGUGCUGUUUGUGCACGUGCUGGAGAGGGAGUACUUCAAAGGGGAAUUCGCCCCGUACAUAAAGGCUGGUGACUCCAGUAACGACCCCAUCACAUUCAACACCAACCUGAGGGGCUAUCCUGACAGGCCGGGCUGGCUGCGCUACAUCCAGAGAACUCCACACAGUGACGGAGUACUUUAUGGCUCCCCAACGGCUGAACACGUUGGCAAGCCCACUAUCAUUGAGAUUACAGCCUACAACAGACGCACUUUCGAAACGGCCAGAAACAACUUGGUCAUAAACAUCAUGGCUACCGAAGAGUUUCCGUUGCCCUAUCAGGCCGAGUUCUACAUCAAGAACAUGAACGUGGAGGAGAUGCUGGCCAGUGAGGUGCUCGGGGACUUCCUGGGCGCCGUGAAGAACGUGUGGCAGCCCGAGCGCCUCAACGCCAUCAACAUCACCUCGGCGCUGGACCGCGGCGGCCGCGUGCCGCUCCCCAUCAACGACCUCAAGGAGGGUGUGUAUGUGAUGGUGGGGGCCGACGUGCCGUUCUCCUCUUGCCUGCGGGAGGUGGAGACGCCCCAGAACCAGCUACGCUGCAGUCAGGAGAUGGAGCCGGCCAUCAGCUGUGACAAGAAGUUCCGCGCCCAGUUCCACAUCGACUGGUGCAAAAUCAAUCUGGUGGACAUCACCAAAGUGGUGACGGUGUACCGCGAGAGGCCCAACCCGGGGCCAGGCGUGCUGCCGGACAUCGGCGAGUACGACCCCCCGUCCGAGGCCCUGCAGAGCCGCGACUACUUCUCCGACUUCGUGGUGACGCUGGCCGUGCCGUCGGCCGUGGCCCUCGUGCUGUUCGCCGUCCUCGGCUACGCCAUGUGCUGUCGCCGCGAGGGGGUGGAAAAAAGAAACAUGCAAACACCAGAUAUUCAGCUGGUGCACCAUAGCUCCAUCCAGAAGUCCACCAAGGAGCUGAGGAGCAUGUCCAAGAACCGCGAGAUCUCCUGGCCUCUGUCCACGCUGCCCGUCUUCCACCCGGUGAGCGGGGAGGUGGUGCCGCCGUUGCACCCAGACAACUACGAGACCACCAGCAUGCCCCUCAUGCAGACGCAGACGAAUUUACAAAAUCAAGUCCAAAUACCUCAACAGCAACCUCCUGGAGAUAAUUAUUGUAUGUCAACAUUUCGAAGGCUGGAGGUAAAUGGUAUUCCUGAUGAGAGAAAAGUGGCGGAAGCGCUGGAUUUGUGAUCUGGAAUUCCACACUUUGCCUUUGUUUUUCUUAUUAAUUUCAUGAUUAUGUUUUAUUGCAUUUGUACUAUAUGCACUCAUGCAAUGCUAGGAUGCAUGCAUUGCAGCCUAUUUCCAUGCUUGUAUCUGCUGUAAGCACUUUGGUUCAGGAAUACCAACGUGGAGUCAAGUUGUAAAUACUAAAUAAACUUGAAUAUGAUUCACAAUAGCUAUAUUCAAAAGAGGGGGUAUUUUUUAUAUGUAUAUUUUGCCACUGACGUUGAGUGGGCCUAAUUUGUUUUGUGAUUAUUCUAGAAAAAUAUCUACACCGUGCUUGCUUGUUUUUCACUGGAACCAUAGCAUAAAAGAAGUGGGAUGAGCAGGAAGUGCCUCUGGUCUCUUUUAAAACAUAAUUCAAAGUAGACAGUAUCCAAAAAGCAAAGCAAAAUCAAACUAAACAAAUGUUCUGUCAAUGCUAAUUGUUUUGUUCUCACCCCACUUAUUAAAAGUUUUUUGAGGAAGUCUUGCCAUGUUCUCCUUCCAGGUCUGAUAGAGUGACCAACUGGGUGCAGUAAAUGUGAAGGGGUGAACUUGACCAAAAAAUGGGCUCUCUGGUGAAGACAUACAGUAAUUUGCUAUCAUAGCUGCACCCACACAAUGUCAAGGUUUGAGGGUAUUACUGAUGAUGUGCAAUUAUCGCGUGAUGGCUUUAUGAUGCCAGUGGGCCUCAACAUAAUGCAUUUGUUUGUGUGAUCAUCUGCAGUGUAUACUAACAUGAGUGCAAGUGCUUCACUAUGACAGCUGUGAUGAAAUACAGUAUCACAUGGUGAUACAUUUGUGACAUCAUGUUUGUUGUUGUAGGUCUACAAUACACUAAAGUUGAGUUUGGUAAACUGGCCUUGCACUUUGCCGUUCUUGAUGUACUGUAUCAGAUGGAAACAAAAUAUGUGUACUUUGUCUUGACAUGGACAGAAGGUGAGAAGUGGAUGAAUGCUAUUCAGUUUUAGUAGUGCUUCAUUUGAAAC